ACGGAAGCCCGUUUGUUUUGAAUCCAUCAUCAGUCUCAAAUUCUACUUACUUCACGUCAUACCUGUCGAGAAAAAGAAAAGAAACAUGUCUUCCACCAUCCUCGCUCCUCUUGGUGCUCUCACCGGCUACACAUCCUCUCUGAGCAAAGACCAUGUCUCAUUAGUGGCCGACAAUGAAAGCUACACAUUCGACGAGCUGGUCCAAGAUCUCAAAGGCUACCUGGGCAGCUCCCGCGGGAUUGCCGAGGAGGACGUCGACCACCGGGUCCUGAUGGCCUUCAUGUCCAAAUACGCCUCCAACCCCGUCGAAUGGGCCCGAUUCACUCACAACGACCUGAGCAAGAACUACACCCGGAAUCUGGUAGUCGACAUCAAUGGUCGAGCCAACCUGCUGGUUUUGGUCUGGAACCCACAAAAGGGGUCGCCGAUUCACGACCACGCAAACGCGCACUGCAUCAUGAAGAUCCUCGCUGGCGAGCUCAAUGAAGUGAUCUACGACACCCCGGAUCCCGCGAGGGGCCAUGAUGCGCCCUUGACGGUGAAGCAGGAGACGACGUACCAGCCCGAUGAAGUCGCGUAUAUCUGUGAUACGAUUGGCUUGCAUCGCGUCAUGAACCCGCAGAAGGAUCAGGUCGCGGUUUCGUUGCAUUUGUAUACUCCCCCCAAUGCCGCGGACUUUGGGUACCACAUCUAUGAUCGGGAAACUGGACGGAGUAGCCAUGUCAAACAGGCGUCGUAAGAGACCGGAGGAAGGACAAUUGGUAAUGAGUAACGACUUUCUAUAUAAUAAUCUGUCAUCGUUUAGACCUGCGAAUUGGCGCAAUAUUGAAUUUUAAG